CAGUUCAAUUUAGUUAUCAACGAUUGCUUUAAUACAUCAAUACAUCGGUUGUAAAAGAGUCUCGGCUAGAGUGUCUUGGAAACUUUUGCAUUCAGUUUUUUAAUAUUUUCUCUAAAUACAUUAACAAAUAUGUCCGGCUUUAAAUACUUAUUUUGUGGAGGUUUGUGUCUUAUUAUUAUUGGCCUGCAGCUGGUACUGGGCCAAAUAGUUGGUUUUCCCGAAAAUGGGGAUGGAGAUAAACUAAAAGCCAAUUUAAACGGUCGUACACCUCUUUAUAUUCCCUCGAGAUGUAAAUCGCACGAAUUGCUUUACCCUGGAGAUCAAAAAGAUGAUUGGGUCUGUGAUUGUGCUCCAGCUGCUCUCUAUUAUCCCGAAAGUGAUGCCUGUUUCCCAGCCUUUCGGCAAGGUCCAUGUCAACCUAAUGAGAUAUUAGUGCUUGGUAAUAAUGCCAUUAUUCCUGAAUGCAUACCAAAUGCAUGCAAAGUUGACGGACAAAUCCAAAUACAAAAGGUAUGCUACGAAUUGGGAAAAGCGGGGCCAUGUCCAGAUGCCCAUCUUAAUUAUGUACUUGGCGUAGAUCCAAAAACGAUGCACAUUGACUGUGUCAUACCAUUCAUGUCGUUGGCAAGCAGAUUCGGUAUGGAAACCCCUUCUCCAUAUGAUUUAUCUAAAGCAGAAAUAUGUGCACGUGGUUCCAAGAGAUCAGUACAAGGCUCAUGUCCAAAUUGAAAACAAAAUAAACGAAAUUUAUUUCACCUAUAUUGACAGUAAAAAUUAACAAAUACAAUUUUAUAAACAAAAUGAUAAGAAAACAACGUUUAAUAAAUAUUCAAUAAAAUUUUAUGACUCUUUAUCUUUAA